AUGGUGGGGCUACUUGUGUACAAAACCUUUGUCAGUGUCCAAAAGGUUAUUUACCCCAACAAAGAAGCUGAGUCCCCAGGCCUUAAUUGUCGCCAUAACCCUCAAGUUUGUACAGGCGGUUCUUUUUGUUUUAAUGGCUAUUGUGUUUGUCCAGAGGGGUAUGAAGAGCGUGACGGUGAAUGUAUUGUUCCUAAAAUAUAUGGUAAAUCUCUAAAAAAGGAUUUUAAAAAUAAUUUUAAUUAAAACUAUCAAGUCGAACCCGGAGCUAGCUGUGAACGCCCUCCUGGAAUUAUAGCACAAGUUGAAUGCCUAGGUAAUUCUGUUUGUGCUAACGGUUUUUGUGUUUGUCCAAAUGGGGAACCGAUUCAAAAUAAGAUGUGUGUUACUGUUAAUUCUAUUGGUAAUGUGUUUAAAAUUUGAAUUAUAGGUCGUAAGGAACAUCCUCCAUGUGAAGGGGACAUCUUCCACCCACCAUCCAUUGUUCCCUUCAGCCUACCUAUUCUUAUUUUUUUGAUUUUUUCUUUUAGUUUCUUUAAAAUAAUUAAUCUUUCUAGCCGGUCCAGGGGAGCCUUGUAUUGCCAGUUUAACAAAAUGUACUGGAAAUUCUGUUUGUACGGCAGGGUUUUGUACUUGUCCACAACAACAAGUAAUUCUUAAUUUAAGACCGAAAAAUAAGAAUUUUGAGGUUCCUUUAAACGGCCAAUGUGCCUCUGUUUCACUUGCCACCCAACUUCCAAUGCAGACAUGUACACC